AUGGAGCAGCUGUUCGACGACCCGUUCGCGAGCAGCAUGUCGUCGCUGGAGGCGGACAUCUUCUCCGGCGGCGGCCAGCUGCCGUCCCCGUCGUGGCCGGACCUAGACCUCGAUGACGAUUUCCAUGAGCUGUCCGCGCCGGCGGCGAACGCGGCAAUGUCCUCGGGUUACUGCUCCGGCGGAUCCGGCUCCCACAGGAAGCUCAGCCACAACGCCUACGAGCGCGACCGCCGGAAGCAGCUCAACGAGCUCUACUCCUCGCUCCGCGCUCUCCUCCCCGACGCCGAUCACACUAAGAAGCUGAGCAUUCCGACGACGGUGUCGCGUGUGCUCAAGUACAUACCUGAGCUGCAGAAGCAGGUAGAGAAUCUGGAGAGGAAGAAGAAGGAGCUGACGAUGAAUAAUCCCAGCUGCAAGCAAGGAUUAUUGGGGAGCCAGAUGAGCGAGAGCGCACUCAGCACAGCUCCAAUCGUUUCAGCCACCUGCAUAGAUGACAUGGAGAUCAUGGUUCAGAUCAGCUUCUUGAGCAAUGUGGCGGGUUCAAUCCUUCCUCUUUCCAAGUGUAUCAAAGUACUGGAGAACGAAGGUCUUCACCUUAUCAGUUCAUCUACUUCCUCCGCAUUUGGGAACAGGACAUUCUAUAGCCUCCAUCUUCAGAGAAGCGAAGGAACGAUCAACCAGGAGUGCCCAGCAUUCUGUGAAAGGUUGGAGAAAGUAGUCAGGAACAAAGCACAGCUUAGAGCAAGGUUAAUAAUAUAGCCAAUAAGCUAGCUAUAAGAUUUCUUAUUUUCUUUUUUU